AUGAAUUCAACACCGCCGUUUCCAUCAUGGGAAGAUUAUUUGAAGAUGUUGAGUGGAUCGGGACUUGGAGGACGGGCGAACUCAUCGAACUCGGUGCCUUCGCUUGUCUCUCUCGCUGCGCCGUUGCCGAGUUGCCUCGUACCUAGAAGACCAGUACUAACUCUCACUCGAACUGCAAGCUCACUGCCAGCCACUACAACGACAGUGACAGUGCAAACACCAACAACUCCGGACCCUCCUUUAGCAAUCCUGCAAAAGCAAGUAUUCUGUUCGUACGAAGUCCGACGUCCACACGCGAGGAUACCAGAGUCAUGUUAUGGCUCAUUUUCGGAAGAUGUUUCUGAAGCUUCAAUGGAGUCGCCGGUUCCACCACUCAUACCUUUGUCGUCGUCUUCAUUGGUGUCAGAACAUUUGACUAGCUCUUCUUUGACACUUUCGAACUCAUCCAUUUUGUCGUCUCCACAGAUUUCAUUUCAAGAAUCGCAAAUUGGUUUGACAAUGACUGCACCAAUGCAUUCUAGAGACGAACCGAGAAUUAGAAGCCAGUCAGCAAGUCAGCCAGAUACUACAACAGAGUGCUCAAGAACCACUCCAUUUACGUCUGCCGUCAUGUUAAACCGGCUAAUUGUGAGUAAUACUCAAACAACAGAAAAGGAAUCGUCCAGUCUUCAAUCACCGGUGGGAUCUCAAAUAUCAUCUUCAGCUGCAACUUCACCGAGCCCUUCGCUAGCAGCAGAUUCUACAGCCUCACCCCAUCACAUGUUGGCCACCACGAUGCCCUCGGAAGCUAGCCCAGGAGCUAGCCCAGCAGUGAACACUGGAGCCACGGGAAUAAAACGGUUUUCUUCUCCCCCGCCAAAUCAACUGCCAGUAAAAGUUGCACGCAGUUCUUCUCCAUCUCGCACAUCCUCGGUUCCGCAGACUUCACCCCCAACUACUAACGCUCUCAGUUCACCACACCCAGCUCCAUCCACCAGCAACAUCAACGUUUUGUCUGCUGGGUCUAUAUCACACUCCAGACUACUCCAGACACUCCAGACAUUCCAGACUCUUGACUCCAGACCAGACCAGACUGCUCAAGCCAUUGCAACUGGACAUAUGGUUCUUCCGGUUGUAACCCAAGCCUUCCCUCUGGAUCCAUCGAUGAACUGGUCAGGAUCUGGCAUUCCUGACACCAUUCCCCUCAUCGAGCCAACACCGGACUAUAAGUGCCUAAGAGAGCUCCGAACGUACCGCACUAAGCGGAUGAGGGCAGCUGGGAAAAUUCAAAUCCCGGCUCCACUGCUCCCAGGUACUCCGGAGUACUAUCGAUUGUACCUCGCCGCAAUGAAGAAUGCUGGAGAGUCGGCAGUUUAUAAGGAUCCGAAGAUGACACUCCGUUCGUCCAUCUUCGAUCCGAACAGCGCGGCAACUCUCCCUCAACAGGUGAAGUACCCCAUGGGGUCAUUUGUCUGUUAUAGAAGUUGGAGGCGCAGUCAAAACGUCAAAUUGGAUGAAAUCAAAAAAGAGUGGGAGGUCAUUAAAAGAGAAAAUGGAGCGGAAAAGAAAGAGUGGGUCGUUCGAGCAUCGAACCUCCUCAAUGAGCACUAUGCCCAGUUGAGGGCCGGGUAUAUUGUGCUGAAGUCGGUGGAUGGAAAAAAGAAAAAGGUUGAGAGACGAUUCAAGAGAAAUGAAGCUGAUAAGGAGGAAUCGGACGAAGAGGACAAGGAGGAAGAUGAUGACCUUGAUUCGUAA